AUGGCUGCUGGAUCUAUCCUCGCACUGGCUUUGGUGUUUAGCGUUCUAUAUUUCUCGAUAACAGUCACCUACAACAUCUUCUUCCACCCUCUGGCGAAAUUUCCCGGUCCAAUUUCUUGCGCAGCUACGAGAAUUCCCUACCUACAAGCCGUCUUGGAUGGACGGGUUGCACAAAAUCCCAAGCUGUUGCACAAAAAAUACGGCGAUGUGGUUCGCAUUGCUCCCGAUGAGCUCUCCUUUGUCAAUGGCGAAGCCUGGAAGACCAUCUAUGGCAGUCGACCCGGUCACGGGCAAAAUCCUAAGGAUAGUCGCGUCUAUCCACCCACAGCGAAGGGGGUUCCCAGCAUCAUCCAGUCGAACGAUGAAGACCACUCCCGUUUCCGCCGUACACUGUCCUAUGCCUUCUCUGAAAGCUCUUUAAAGGCCCAAGAGCCUAUUAUAAAGGGUUACGUGGACCUGCUAAUACAACGUCUGCACCAGAACGCCAAUAAUGGGAGCACCCCUCUUGAUAUGGUUGCUUGGUAUAACUUUACCACUUUCGACAUCAUUGGCGAUAUGGCAUUUGGUGAGCCAUUCAACUGCCUACAGAGCUCCGCCUACCAUGAAUGGAUCUCGAUGAUCUUUAGCAAUAUUCGAUAUGCCUCUUAUAGCAAUAUUGUUAAACGCUUUCCCGCAUCGAAGUUCCUCCUUGGUCUUAUCACACCUGCGCGUAUUGUCACGCAGCGGAACUGGCACAUGGAGCUCACAAAGGAGAAAGUGAAAAGUCGGUUAUCCAAGUCAAAUGAUCGGGUUGAUUUCUUCAGUCAUAUUCUCAAACAUAAGGAUACCGACCGAGGGUUGACUUUCGACGAGAUGGUUACGAACGGAAGCACAUUGAUUAUUGCCGGGUCGGAAACCACGGCCACUUUACUCUCAGGGGUCACAUUUUUUCUUUUAAAGAAUGAGCGUGUUUUGAAAACCCUGGUGAGGGAAAUCCGGAGCUCCUUCCAGACUGAAGACGAGAUCACUGUGGCCAGUUGCAAUCAACUUCGAUACCUUCACGCGGUGCUCACUGAAGCAUUGCGCCUCUACCCACCAGCUCCAAGCCCAUUUCCCCGAAUUGUGAGCGGACAUGGUGACACGAUUGCUGGACAUUGGGUGCCAGGAGGAACCAUUGUAUCAGUACCCCAGCUCGCUGCUUUCCACUCAUCUAGUAACUUUACGGACCCUGAAUCCUUCAUUCCCGAACGUUUCCUUGGAGAUCCUCGAUUUUUCGAUGACAGCAAAAAUGUGCUGCAGCCGUUCAGCUUCGGGCCACGGAAUUGCAUUGGACGCAAUUUGGCAAACGCCGAGAUGCGUCUCAUCCUAACCCGCGUACUGUUCAAUUUCAACAUGGAAUUGGAUGUACGUAGCGAGGACUGGGUAAAUCAAGAUUCCUAUCUUCUUUGGGAUAAGUCCAGUUUAUUUGUUAAGCUGACACCCAAAUGA